UUCAUUUAUUGAAUUUUUUCAAAUAUUUCCCUUCAGUUUUAACUUAAACCACACCUCAACUCUUGAACCAACUUUUUAAAAUAUGGCUGCUGGAACUGCCCAAGAAACGCAAAAUUUUGUUACUCUCAAGGGUUCUGUGGAACUCAUUGUCGAUUUCUUCAAUUACAGCUUGAAUAGCAUUCUUUAUCAACGAGGCGUCUUCCCAGAAGAAUCCUUUAUACCUACUCAGCAUUAUGGGCUUACCAUGUACAUGUCUAAAAUGCCUGAGAUAAAAAAGUAUACUGAUGAAAUUUUGCCACAUCUUAAGAAAUGGCUCACUGAGGGUAAAAUAAAAAAGCUUGUUCUUGCACUCUGUGAUGUAAAUUCAAAGGAGCCUUUGGAGUGCUGGGAAUUCAGAAUUGUGGCUGAAGAAACUCCAACAGGAGAAGUCAAACAACAGGGAACUAAACCAUUAAAAGACAUCCAACAAGAGAUUCGGAAUGUUCUCAGACAAAUUACUGCCUGUGUCACAUUCCUACCACUCCUAGAUUGUGUUUGCUCAUUUGAUCUUCAGGUGCAUACCAAGAAAGACACUCAAGGAGAGGGAUGGGGAGAUGUUCAGCCACUAUCAAUUCAAAAUGCACAGGAAGUCCAACUGAGAUCUUUCUCUACAUCUAUUCAAAAUGUCCAUACAUUUUUAUGUAAUCACAUGAGACCUUACCUAAGAAAUGUGUGCCAACGAAACUAUGCGACUACCUUCAAACCUAAUCAUUUAAAGUUAAGUGCAUCUUCAAAGCAUUUGAAGACUUUUAAGCCUCUUACCAGACAUGUAGUCACUGUUGCUGAGGCACCAACUUUACAGCAAUCAAAGUGGAUUGGACGGUGGCUUGGGACAUGAGCAGGAAUGUGUUUUGGAGCAGUGGUGAUUGGAGGACUUACCCGAUUAACAGAGUCAGGCCUAUCAAUGGUUGAAUGGUCUGCCUUUGGUGAGAGACCCCCACUCACAAGAGAAGAUUGGGAAAAAGAAUUUGAAAAAUAUAAACAGUUUCCUGAAUACAAACAGUUGAAGAAGGGAAUUAAUUUAGAAGAAUUCAAAUUCAUCUGGCAUAUGGAAUAUGGACACCGAAUGUGGGGAAGAUUGAUUGGAGCAAUGUUUGUAAUACCUGCUGCAAUUUUCUGGAAAAAGGGCUAUUUCAAUCCAGCACUAAAGAAGAGAGUCCUUAUUUAUGGUACCUUGAUUGGAUGUCAGGGUCUGCUUGGAUGGUACAUGGUAAAAUCUGGCUUAGAAGACAGAUUUCAUGGUGAAGCAGAUGUUCCUAGGGUUUCACAGUACAGACUAGCCUCACAUCUUGGUUCGGCUUUUGUACUUUAUUCUCUUUUUCUGUGGACGUCUUUACAUCAUUUAAUACCUGCCAAAGUGAUGGAAGUCUCUAAGGCAGCUAUCAAGUUUAAACGAUUAGUCCAUUUUUCCAAAGGAAUCGUUUUCCUCACCGCAAUAUCAGGAGCAUUUGUGGCAGGAUUAGACGCCGGUCUUGUUUAUAAUUCGUAUCCGCUAAUGGCUGGCCGAUUAUUACCCGAAGACUUGCUGGCGUUAUCGCCAGCCAUUAGGAAUUUCACAGAAAAUCCUUCUACCGUGCAGUUUGAUCAUCGCACUUUGGGUCACUUUACGGUCCUUCUCUUGUCGACCGUAUGGCUUAUAUCGCGUCGGAUAGUACUCCCAACUCGAGCACGAUACGCCGCUAAUGCUUUAGCUGCCAUGGCCUGGAUUCAGGCCUCUCUAGGGAUUGCUACGCUUCUAUUUUAUGUUCCGACACCGUUAGCUUCGUCUCAUCAAGCCGGCUCCUUAGUGUUGCUUUCGACUGCAUUGUGGCUUUCACACGAACUGAAAAAUCUGAAGUAUAUCCCAAAAUAGAAAUAUUAGUCUAGAAAUCGCUGGUUAAAUCUCUUUGCAUCGUGGCAAGAUUGGUACUACUCCAUUAUCGUACAUAUGAUGGUGUUCCAUUGCCUAUUGAACUUAAUGUUAGCAAGAUACGUGACUAAAAUAAAUUUGUCGAAAUCACAAA